UGUAUCAUGUGAUAGUCCAUUUAAAUUUAUUCUCAGCAGGGAGGCGCGUUUGGUAUUCGAGUAACAGUACACAUCAGGUUUUUAUUAGACGGGAGUACAGGAAAAAAAGUCCGGGUUUCAUUUCGUGGUGUUGUAUUCCCAUUACCACAUGGUGCCAGUAUGGCCAUGACAAUUUGGUGUGCUUUAUUUUAAAAGGCUCUGCCUAGUUUUUGUCUAUUCGCCAGAUAGAACUGGUGUGCUGCUGACUGAUCAGAGCAGGUUUGACAUAAACAAGAAAGAUAGAGGGUCUCUUUCACGCAUAAAAGUCUUUAAGAUGAGAUUUAGGACACUUUUGUAACCGGAAUGGCUCCAUGAAAAAUCGGAUCGCUGUGUUUAUUUUGAAAGAAAUCCAUCAAAUGUUCGCUUCACAAUGAGAGAAGGGAGACAAAGGCGCCGACUGGUCUGUUGGUGGUUUCCUGCGAUUGUGUUGCUGUGCUUUGUGGAUACGAUUUUGGCUCAGCUGAAAUACUCCGUUCCUGAACAUGUUAACGUUGGAUCCCCUGUUGGAAAUGUUGGGAAGGAUUUGGGGCUUGACAUCAACACUUUGACAAGCAGACGAUUUCGCAUUGUUUCGGGUCCGAAUCACUCUCUGUUUGACUUAAAUCAGAACAAUGGAGUGUUGCACGUCGCGCAAAAUAUGGAUCGGGAAGAGCUCUGUGAUGGAGCAAAGGUUUGUUUGAUAAACCUAAAAAUCGUUGUGGAAAGCCCACUUGAAAUACAUUAUGUUAGUGUAGAAAUAACUGACAUUAACGACCAUUCGCCGUCUUUUCCUGAAAACGAGCAGCGGCUGGAAAUAGCGGAGAAUACUCCUCCAGGCACUCGUUUCCAGAUUCACGCAGCUAGAGAUCCUGAUUUUGGUAUACAGUCAGUUCGACUGUACAGGUUAAGUCAAAAUGAUGAUUUCGAUAUUGAAGUCAAGGACAGUGAGGAAGACAAAAUACCGUUUUUAUUGCUUAAAAAGCCUUUGGAUAGAGAACGGAAAACAGAGCAUCAUUUAGUGUUAACGGCUCUGGAUGGAGGCACACCAUCAAAAUCUGGAAACCUUAAUUUAACUAUAACUGUAUUAGAUGCAAACGAUAAUCGUCCUGUGUUCAGCAAAGAUAUUUAUACUGUGUCCUUAAAUGAAAAUGCGCCAAUAGGAACUCUUGUGAUGAAAGUAAACGCAACAGAUUCAGACGAAGGCCUGAACGGUGAAAUUGAGUACACCUUUGGAAAAACACAAAAGAAAAAUGUGUAUGAUAUAUUUGAGUUAGAUACUAUCACUGGUGAAAUUCGAGUGAAAGGAAUGGUGGACUUUGAGGAGACAGAUAUUUACAGAUUAAACCUGCAGGCGUCAGAUAAAGGCCAACCACCCUGGACAGGUGAAAGUAGAGUGGUAAUAAAAUUAAAAGACUUGAAUGAUAAUACACCCGAAAUUGAAAUAACAUCGCUGUCUAGCCAAAUACCAGAGGAUUCAAAGCCUGGCACUGUUGUCUCACUUAUCAGUGUCACAGACAGAGAUUCAGGUAGGAAUGGAAAAGUUAUUUGUAAAAUAUCGGACAAUGUUCCAUUUGAUUUGACACCAUCUAUUGAAGAGAACAUGUACUCCCUAGUUACAAAGGUGCGUUUAGAUCGAGAAGCCGGAUCACAUUAUGACAUCACCAUAACUGCCACUGACUGUGGGGAACCCAAACGUUCAACAGCGAAGACAUUGCAAAUUGAGGUGUCAGAUGUAAAUGAUAACAGGCCAGUUUUCUGUCAGAAUCCAUUUGAAAUCUAUCUAGUGGAAAACAACGCUCCAGGCACGUCAAUAUUUUCAAUAACAGCCUCUGAUAACGACGUGAACGAAAAUGCAGCAAUAACAUACAGAAUUGGGAAAGGCGAAGAGGUCCAGGCUGACAUGACGCCUUUCCUCAAUAUCCAUUCAGAAAAUGGACAGAUAUCUGCACUAAGGAGUUUUGACUUUGAAACUCUGAAAACUUUCCAGUUCCAAGUUGUCGCCUCAGAUUCUGGGUCUCCGUCACUGAGCAGCAACGUCACAGUGAACGUGUUCAUUCUGGAUCAGAACGACAACGCUCCAGUCAUCCUGUAUCCAGUCAACUCCAACGGUUCUGCUGAAGGUGUGGAGGAGAUUCCCCGCAAUGUGAACGCAGGACACUUGGUGACUAAAGUCAGAGCCUAUGACGCUGAUAUAGGAUAUAACGGCUGGUUGCUGUUUUCACUGCAGGAAGUUACUGACCACAGUCUCUUUGGUUUGGACCGCUACACAGGACAGAUCAGAACACUUCGUUCAUUCACAGAGACAGACGAGGCUGAGCAUAAACUGGUCAUACUGGUCAAAGACAAUGGCAACGUUUCCCUCUCAGCAACAGCUACUGUGAUUGUCAAACUGGUGGAGCCCAAAGAGGCUUUUGCAGCUUCUGAUGUUAAAAGUGCAGCAAAGGAUGAUGAGGAUAAUAAUGUGACUUUUUACCUGAUGAUCACUUUGGGCUCAGUUUCAGUUCUGUUUAUCAUCAGUAUCAUCGUGCUGAUUGCAAUGCAGUGCUCCAGAUCCACAGACUAUACUUCUAAAUAUCUCCCAGAGACUAAUUAUGAUGGGACACUGUGUCACAGCAUCCAGUACAGAUCUGGAGACAAACGGUACAUGUUAGUUGGACCCAGGAUGAGUAUAGGAUCUACUAUAGUACCUGGAAGUCAUGCAAAUACACUGGUGCUACCUGACAGGAGGAGGACAUGUGAAGAGGUAAGGCGAUUUUUUAAACGGUUUUUCUGGCUUGUAGUUUUGGAAGACUAGAUUAAUUUAGGUAAAUUGUUAUAAUUUUGAUUUGUUUUUUAUUUCUUUUAAUAAAAAUCUUUUAAAAUAUCAUAAAACAACUGUUCACCCAAAUAUUGCAGCACUUGGUCACAUUAUAAUUUUUUUCUUUAUUUUUUUUCAUUUAGGGACUAUAGGACAAAUAAUGUUUCUACGUUUUGUUUUAACUGAUGAAUGUGUUGAUCUAUAAUUCAUUUUAGUGCUUGACAACAACGCGUAAAAACAUCACUUCCCGCCUUUAGAGAAAUGAUACGCAUUUAAUUUUUUAACAAAUCACUGCUUAUGCUAAUGUGAGGCAGAAUUAUUUUCAUUCUGGAUUCCAUAUUUUUCAUCAUUCACUUCUAAAUAUUAUAUUAUAACUUCAGCGCGUUGUUUCAUUUUUAGUCGUCUACUGUGUAGUUUUAUGAGGUCUGUAGACAUGUCUUUAAAAUAACCGAGUAAAUCCUUCAGUCCAUACAAAAUGUUUAUACAAUAAGGACAUGUGAUCUAAUAAAUGCAUAUUAAAUAGUAAAAACUUGAAAUGAAAACAGU